AUGUCUAAGACAAUAUUGGUAGCUAGAGCGAAAGUAACAAAAGCCGAUGGUGGGGAUAUCGAUGAUGACACUAAAGUUGGACCUGUAAACAAUUUCUUGCACAGUUUGUUCAAGCAAGUUGACGUGUUUCUAAAAGGAAAGUUAGUUACACAAGCAACAGGAACAUAUCCAUAUCGUGCAUAUCUCGGAACACUUUUAAAUUAUGGUCCGUCAGCCAAACAAUCCCAGCUCACCGCUGCGUUAUUUUACAAAGAUACUGCAGGUCAGAUGGAUAAUGCAGAUCCUGCUCACGCAAGUCCAAACAGGGGUUUGAAGACAAGAAAUAAGUUUAUCAUGGGAAGUAAAAUUGUUGAUAUGGCAGGUCCUAUCUUUUGCGAUGUUUUCUUUGGUGAACGUUACUUACUUAGCUAUGUUGAUUUGAAAGUGGUCAUGAACCGUACCAGUGACGAAUUUGUCUUAAUGUCAUCGGUGGACGGUGCAGCCUUUAGAGUGAAACUGAUAGAUGCAUACCUUAAAGUUCGUAAAGUCAAAGUGAAUCCUAGUAUAUCUCUGGCUCACGAAGUUGCCCUGAAAAAAGGUCCAGCCAUUUACCCCGUAAGACGUGUGGACUGUAAAAGUUUUAUUAUUCCUUCUGGAAACCCUUCACUGCAAAAAGAUAACCUUUUCAAUGGUUUAGUGCCUAAAUCGUUUGUUUUCGGUCUUGUUGAAAGUGCGUCAUUCAACGGAGCUUAUAAAAGAACCCAUUCAAUUUCCAACAUUUCAACAUUUCAUCGUUAG